AUGCUGAGCGAACUACAGCUCUUCCUAUUACCGUGUUUAUUGAUGUCAUCGCCAACGCUGGAGGUGUUGGACUAUGAGAUGCUUUCACAGAACAUCUCCAGUAUUCUCUUGGACUCAUCUCUCAACAACACUGACAUCGACUAUCAGUACAACAUAUUCGACAACUACUUUCCACUACUUCUUAUGCUCAUUUCGUUGCCGAGAAAUGAAACCGAAAGCUUGGAGAAGUACAUGAAACAACGCACCUAUGCGGAGCUAAAGAGGAUGAUCGACGAAAAACAGAAGGUCAGCGACAUCAGUGAAUUGUUGACGGAAUUGGAACAAAACAACACCGAUUUAUCUGAGUUCAUCUCCGUUGUCGACAACCAAAAGUAUGUAGACCUCAUCGAAGCCUAUCAUAAUGCAUCCAUAUACAAUGCAAUACGGGGAGUGUGGAGUUCACAACUGAACCCACUGUUACCUGCAAUUGACCAGCUGGCUAUAUUGGAAUAUUUUGCUGAACGGAAAUCAAGCGAGCAUUUCCGUAUGUCGUUUUGGGCCCGGUUAUGGGCCGCAAUAAGAGCAUGGCUUAGCGGAAAGCAAGAAUUCGUCGAGUGUAACGCCGAUGAGCCUCGAUGUAUGCGUCGAAUUGUUGAGAAACUUCCACUGGAAGCCAGGGUAGAAUUGGAUCGAGCGGCAGAGACUGAAGACACUGCCACAGUUGAGAAUAUAAUCACAGAAGAGUUGACCAAUCAACCUCAAUCAGCACGGAUGGAGUACGAGCAAUGGAAAAAUGCUAAUCUACCACCACAACCAUUAAUAGAUAUAAUUGCAGAUAAAACGGAAGUCGAAGAGAGAGCGCUCGAACGAUUACGAGCGUACGACCUGCUGAACUCUCUAAAGGACUACUACAGAGCAAUGAUCGAAAGCAGAAGCCAAGCAGAGCAAGAGGAAAUUCGACGAUUCUUCCAGCGUAUGAACGACACGUUUGCUCGCUGUUUCAACCCGAUCAAAGACCGUUACGAGUAUCGUUACUAA